UCCCAUCUCUCUCAGGAUGGGACGCAAAUGUUUCCUUCUCGUAACUAUUUUGUUUCACCUCUUCUCUGAGCUCUCCUCCUGCCCAAGCCGAUGUCUCUGCUUCAGAACCACUGUCCGCUGUAUGCACUUGAUGUUGGAUCACAUCCCCAAAGUAGCACCGCAGAUUGUUAUCCUGGACCUGCGAUUUAACAGGAUUAGGGAGAUUCCAACAGGAGCCUUUAGGAAACAGAAGAACCUGAACACGUUGUUAUUGAACAACAACCAAAUCAAAAGAAUACCAAGGAGAGCAUUUGAAGGCCUGGACAACCUGAAAUACCUCUACCUGUACAAGAAUAACAUUCGUACAAUUGACAGGCAAGCAUUUAAAGGGCUUGUGUCUCUGGAGCAACUAUACAUUCAUUUCAACCACAUAGAGAUUCUAGAGCCAGAAACUUUUAAAGAUCUUCCCAAACUAGAGAGAUUAUUUUUGCAUAAUAAUAAAGUAUCAAGAAUUCCUGCUGGAACUUUCUCUCAUCUAUCUUCGUUGAAAAGACUCCGUUUGGACUCCAAUGGUCUGGUUUGUGAUUGUCAACUCAUGUGGCUGGGAGAAUUACUCAAGAGCUAUGCCAAAAGUGGCCACACACAGGCUGCUGCAACCUGCCAGUAUCCCAGAGCACUGCAAGGCAGAUCAGUUGUCUCAGUAACAGCAGAGGAAUUUAACUGUGAAAGACCCCGCAUUACUUCAGAGCCUCAAGAUGUAGAUGUUAUCUUAGGAAAUACUGCCUACUUCACUUGCAGAGCUGAGGGAAACCCCAAACCUAAAAUUGUCUGGCUCCACAAUAACCAUGAAUUACACAUGAAGAAUGACAUUCGGCUGAACUUACUAGAUGAUGGUACUUUAAUGAUCCAGAACACACAGGAAUCUGACCAAGGGACAUACCAGUGCAUGGCCAAAAAUGUAGUGGGAGAAGCUACAACCCAAGGUGUUUUACUCCGAUACUUUGGCACUCCAACCAAACCAAGUUUUGUGAUUCAACCACAAAAUACCGAGGUUCUCAUUGGAUCAAGUAUCACCCUGGAGUGCAGUGCUACUGGCCAUCCUCAACCCCGAGUUACGUGGACGAAAGGGAAUGGAGAGCUGCUGCCCACACACUCCAGGUACAACAUCACUUCCUCGGGCGGUCUGUUUAUUCAGAACGUCACUCUCCAGGACCAUGGCCAGUUCAUCUGUCAUGCCAGUAAUAACCAAGAUUCCAUCCAAUCCUCAGCGUUCAUCAUCGUACAGGCUCCCCCUAAAUUCACAGUCACUCCCAAGGAUCAACUUAUAAUUGAAGGACAUACCGUUGACUUUGAUUGUGCGGCUGAGGGUAAUCCAACACCAGUCAUUGCUUGGACCAAAGCAGGAGGCCAGCUCCCCAGUGACAGAAGACAUGCAGUGUUACCCACAAGAACGUUGAGGAUUGUGGAUGUAGCCCCCUAUGAUGCGGGUCAAUAUGAAUGUCAAGCUAUCAACGUUGUUGAGGUUAAACAAGUACAAGUACAACUAAAAGUGCAGCCUAAAGUGAUACCAGUGUUUACUGAUGUACCACGGGAUAUCACCGCAGAAGUUGGUCAGGAUGUAAAGAUACCUUGCAGUGCUCAGGGUGAACCACAUCCCACAAUCACCUGGACUAAGGAUGGAGUUCAAAUUACAGAAAGUGGAAAGUUCCAUGUUAAUACAGAGGGAACACUUACAAUCAGGGACAUUGGGCGAGCAGACGCAGGGAGAUAUGAGUGUGCUGCUCGGAACACAAUUGGCCAAGCAACAACAAAUAUGCUGUUAAAGGUGACUGUUCCACAGAGAAGUCGGACUGGGGACAACUUUGUUGAGUCUUCUAUUCGUGAAGCUAUUAAUAGCGUUGACAGUGCAAUUAACUCAACACGCAGAGUACUGUUUACCAAGCGUCCACUCAGCCCUAAUGAUUUGCUGGCUUUGUUCCGCUAUCCACGGGAUCCCUUCACUGUGGAGACAGCAAGAGCAGGAGAGAUCUUUGAACGGACCUUACAGCUGAUACAGGACCAUGUCAAGCAAGGCUUAACUGUGGACUUCGAAGGCAUAGACUUUCGCUACAAUGAUCUUGUUUCGCCACAUUACCUGGACCUAAUAGCCAAUCUCUCUGGGUGCACAGCUCACAGGCGGCUGCCAAAUUGCUCAGAUAUAUGUUUUCACCAAAAGUAUCGAAGCCACGACGGCACAUGUAACAAUCUGCAGCAUCCAAUGUGGGGAGCAUCACUUACAGCAUUUGAGAGAAUUCUAAAACCAGUUUAUGAAAAUGGAUUUAGCCUCCCGAGAGGUACUGAUUCCAGCCGUUCAUACAACGGCCAUCCCUUACCUCUCCCUCGCCUCGUUUCAACAACUAUGAUAGGGACAGAGACAAUAACUCCAGAUGACAGAUUUACACACAUGCUUAUGCAAUGGGGCCAGUUCUUGGACCAUGAUCUGGAUCUAACUGUGCCAGCUCUCAGUAUGUCACGGUUUUCUGAUGGACAGUCUUGCAGUUCCAUUUGCAAUAAUGACCCUCCAUGCUUUCCAAUUAUGAUUCCAAACAAUGACCCUCGGGUGAGGAGAGCUCGAUGCAUGUUUUUUGUUCGUUCCAGUCCAGUAUGUGGCAGUGGGAUGACUUCCUUGCUGAUGAAGUCUGUGUAUGCCAGAGAGCAGAUUAAUCAUUUAACAUCCUACAUAGAUGCAUCUAACGUAUAUGGCACCACAGACCAUGAAUCCAUGGAACUUAGAGACCUUACAAGCCAGCGUGGUCUGUUAAAAGAAGGUGAAAUCGUGCCAGGAUCUGGUAAACGGCUGUUACCAUUUGCCACAGAUCAAACCGUAGAAUGUUUGAGGGAUGAAAUUGAAAGCCCAAUUCCCUGCUUCCUUGCUGGGGAUCAUCGGGCCAAUGAGCAGGUUGCCCUGACAGCCGUGCAUACCUUGUGGUACCGUGAGCAUAAUCGCAUUGCGGCCGAGCUACUGAGACUCAAUCCACACUGGGAUGGCGACACCAUCUAUCAUGAAGCGCGCAAAAUUGUUGGUGCACAGAUGCAGCAUAUCACAUACAAACACUGGCUCCCCAAAAUCCUGGGGGAUGUGGGAAUGAAACUGAUGGGACCAUACACAAACUACAAUCCAAAUGUAAAUGGAGGAAUUUUGAAUGCUUUUGCCACAGCAGCCUUUCGGUUUGGCCACACAUUGAUCAAUCCCAUUCUCCAACGUCUCAACAGCUCUUUUCAGCCAAUUCCUGAAGGUCACCUUCCUCUGCAUAAGGCCUUCUUCUCUCCCUUCAGAAUUAUCCAAGAAGGGGGCAUCGAUCCACUUCUCCGGGGCCUCUUUGCCUUUGCAGGGAAAAUGCGAGUCCCCACGCAGCUUCUUAAUUCAGAAUUGACAGAGAGGCUCUUUUCAAUGGCUCACGCAGUUGCAUUGGACCUGGCAGCGAUGAACAUCCAGAGAGGCCGUGACCACGGCAUCCCUUCAUACCCUGACUACAGAGUUUUUUGUAACAUGAGUACUAUAAGGAACUUCAAGGACUUGCAAAAUGAGAUCAAGAAUCCAAGAGUUAUAGACAAGCUCAAAAGAUUGUAUGGUACUCCACAGAAUAUUGAUCUGUGGCCUGCACUAAUGGUUGAAGAUGUAAUUCCUGGUACAAGAGUUGGGCCCACCCUAAUGUGCUUAUUUGUAACUCAGUUUAAAAGACUGCGAGAUGGUGACAGGUUCUGGUAUGAGAAUCCAGGGGUGUUUACCCCAUCUCAAUUAACACAGCUGAAGCAAAGUUCUCUAGCAAGGGUGCUAUGUGACAAUGGUGAUGAUAUUCAGCAAGUCCAGCCGGAUGUUUUUACAAAAGCAGAUUACCCUCAAGGAUACGUGAAUUGUGAUGAAAUCCCCAAAAUUGAUUUACGGGUGUGGCAAGACUGUUGUGAAGAUUGUAGAACAAGAGGACAUUUUAAUGCACUUUCACAACGGUUCCGCAACAAACGUUCUGUGGAAUUCAGCUAUCCGGGAGAUAGGCAUUCAAAGGAUGCUUCACUUUUGUCAAGCAAUCAACAAGGGAGGUACACUCAAGAUUUUGGGGAGUUUGUAAACUCAACAAUUUUUCCCAAUAAUCAUGAGACCCCCCAAGGUUUCAACAGUUUUGUGGCUGAUGUGCAAAAGACAAUCAUCUCCCUACGUAACCAGAUUGACCAACUGGAGUCACGCCUGCAACAACGUGGAUGCACGGAUGAAUUGGGAAAUCAUAUGAAUGAGAACAAUCACUGGAAAAAAGAAGAUUGUACUUCCUGUUGGUGUAAGAAUGGCCAAGUUACCUGCUAUGUGGAGAGAUGCGCUCCUCUGAAGUGCACCAAAACAAUCAAAAAGAAAGGGAGAUGCUGUCCUGUCUGUGCAAAAAGCAGAAAAUGAUCAUCUGUACAGUUCUGAGAAAAAAGUCUUCUGGGGAAAAGAAAAAAAAAACAAUUUUUAGCAUUUUGCGUCACCUACUGACAUCUGAUAACAAAGUCACAGACAAGAAAACAAAAAAAACUUUCUAUUCACAUUCUGGUUACUGCUGUCUUUCUGUGCUCAUUCCUUUUAUAUUUUAAGCAAAAUCUCACAUGCAAGGGCAUGUCAGUCUAUUCAAAGUACAAAGGUGGCCUAAGUCAGGAAUUACAAACUAAUCUACCUGCAGUCUGAAUGUUAAACUGUUCACAUUAAAAAGUAUAAUGAUAUCUUUGAAGACCAUUACAAUUUAUCACUGUGUCAAGAUACCCUUUCAUGUUAAAACCUGUUACAUAGGUAACACAGUAGGGUUUGCAUUUUGUAUUAAGUUAUUAUUUGAAACAGUGAUAAACAUUAUGGUAAAGUUCACUGAGAAAUGAUUAUUUUGUCUUUGCGUACACUGUCCAGAGACUAACCAUUUGGUAUUUUCCAUCUGUGUGGUCAGAGUAUUUUUUACGAGGAAGCUUUAAAAGCCAUGGUGGCAAUGGUGUAAAGAUCCAUUGCCUCCGUUCUGCCAAAUGUACCUCACAAGCUGCACAAAACCAAAAAUGUACUGUGCAAAAAUAUGGUGCUGAUCAUUUUGUCUCAAAAAUGAAUUAUUGUCAGGUUAUAUUUUUAUUUCUAAUUUUAUCAAGGUUUUGUAUCAAUUCAACUAUAACUACCAAAUAUAAUGCUGACUUGAUGUAACAUUUGACAUGUCAGUUAUAAAGCCUAGUAUGAAAGUAAUUAAAUACUGAUCUUUCCAUUAUCAUUUUAAGCAAUGUACAGUGAAUUUUUAAAAAGUGAUUAAAACACAUUUCAUGAAUACUAUGAAUGUUUUAUGUGACAUCAUAUAAUUUGAUAAAUGGUGGUGCACAUUAUGAAAUUUACAGCUAUACAGUUCUUUCUUGAAAAAUAGUUGAUAUUAUUUUUAAAAAGAUUGCGAGUUUGUGGGCAAAUUGUUAUCAGAAUUUGAUACUUCAAUAAUGUCAUUACUUGUUAAAUGGUUUCACUGCUCAUAUUUAAACAACAGAUUUAACAAUUUUGGUCCAUUCAUCAAAGUAGAAAUAUAAAGAUUAUAUGUAUCUACAUAUUCAUGCCUCUAUUUUGAACAAUAAUUUUAUUUAUAUUAUUGCAUUUGACAAAAGAAAAACCUAAAUCUAGAUCUGAUAAAAUCUUAUUAGGUUUUGACACUACCAUUUUGAUUGCCCUCUUUUGCCAAUGCAGUUUAUUUUUAAAUUAAUGUCAGUAUUAUUCAGGAAUAUACUGAAUACAAAAUUUAGGGUUGAAUAUACAAAUUGAUUAAGGAAUAAAUAUUAGGCAGGUGAACUCUGCUAUUCAUAAUGGUGCCACCUUUUUUUCUAUUAUCUUCACUUAUUUUUGUACUUAAGUCUUUGGAGUAGGAUUUGAAACCACAAUCUUCCAACUCAGAGAUGAGAGUGCUAUCUGUAAGUCACAGCUGAUAUCUCUUAAAUUUCGUUUUAGACCUUUUUGCUUAUUGAAAAAUAGCCCUGGCUUCUCAAGUUUCGACUUAAUGAAAGGGGAGACUGGAAAGGAAGAAACAAAUAUAAGGAUAGGUUAAUGGAAUUGGAUAAAAUGGAUGGGUAAGUGGAAACUUAUGUGAACUAUAAGCAUUGACACUGAGCAGCUGGCUUUUUUUUCUCUCCUGUAAAUUCUGUGUAACAACAUUCAUCAAAAUGAUUCUUGUUUAUGUAAUGUACAGGCCUCUGCAUACCAGCUACGGCUUUAGUGUACAACAAAAUGUACUGUAGACCUUAAACAACUGUUUUUUUUUAUUAAGCUACAAUGAUGCCAUGACACCAAUGUUAUCUCUGAAAAAAUAUUCUUUGUCUGAGUACAUUUCAGUGAUUACAUUUUGUCUGUAGUGUCAG